CCAUGGCUAUCUCCUCUCUACUGUAGACAAGCAAAAAAAAAAAAAAGCCCUAAUCUCUCUCUCUCUCUCUCUCUCUCUCUCUACGACUUUUCUCCGUUCCCUUUUCCUUUAAUACUCGCCACCGCACAUCCCCUUCGCCUCUUUCUCUCACGAGCCAUUGCUGAGGCUCCGGUAAAAAAGAGAAAAAAAAAGGAAAAAUGGAAAAGGAAAAGCUAGGGUUUCAUCAGAUUCUCGUGGAAUUUUUUAUGUUUUUGGGGUGAUUCAACACGAAGGAUCGGAUUUCUUUGUCGGCGUUCAUUGAAUCCCUUCAUCAGAUCGGCUUCUCUCGUUCUUGUUCUUAUCUUCUGGAGUGGGUCGAUUCCCCUGUUGUUUAUUGGUGUUUUAGGGUUUCUGAGGAGGAUUCGAGCUGUUUAUUGAUAUAACACUAGGGUUUUGUAGCUUUAGGAAACGGUUCUUGCCCUAAUUUGUGGAAGAAAUGGUGUUUUUGGGGAUCAAUUUGACGUUUUUUCCUUGGUGAUUGAUUGUUAUUUAGCUCAGGGGGAUGAGUUAUUAUGAUUCUUCGACGAUUUCUUGUAAUUGGGGGAUAUAAAUUCUAGUUCUGCUUAAUUUCGCAGAGAUGCAAUUGAUCCUUUAUAGGUAAAUUUAAUGGGAGAUUUAGGGUUGUUGAAGCAACUAUGGAACUGGGUUUACUCUCAGAGGCAAGCAUUUACUGGUUUCCGAAGUUGUGUGAGAGAGAAGCUCAUAGUACUAGUCGAUCGCCACUGGCCCACGGUAUAUCGAGUUUGUUUGAAUGUUGGGAGGUUUCUUUGGACGGUACUGUUGCAAUGGAAAGAUUGUGCUCUGGGAGGUUUCUGGUCUCUGAUCAGUUUGGGUUCCGUGGCCCUAUUUGUCACAAUGUGGAGUUGCUUUCUUUGCUUGACAUCAAUGAAUUGCCUUGUUUAUGCACUUCUUAGCGUGAUAGCUGCUGGUGUGACUAUUCGCUAUUUGGGUUACACGCCCGGGCUCUUUAUUGUAGGACUCUUUGCAAUUUUGAUUAUGUGGAUAUAUGGCAACUUUUGGAUGACAGGGACACUUCUUAUAGGCGGAGGCUAUAUGUUUUCCCUAAAUCAUGCACGACUUGCGAUACUCAUCUCUACAACAUAUGCUCUUUAUUGUGUCAAUGCUCGUUCGGGAUGGCUUGGGAUUUUUUUAGUCCUAAAUGUUUCUUCCCUCUCAAAUUAUCUCCUCAAUGUAUUGCUUCAAGGAUGUGAUGCUCCCACCGAAAAUGUAAACUUGGACGACGAAAAGGAAUCUGAAUCUGAACCAGUUAUGGAGGAGUGUUCUAAAAAUUGUGAAUAUUCCCCUUCAACUAGUGAGCCUGAGCAUGUGACUUCAUCUAAAGCAUCUUGUACGACACCCACUCCAACUGUAUCUCACACCCAAAAGGAGGCUGCUUCUAGUGAAGUUGUGAGAAGUGAUUCAGCUUCAUUAGAAGAGAUAACGAGAAUUAUGACUAGCUCGACUCAUUAUGAAGUUCUUGGUUUUCUUCUCAAUAAAGUUAUUGAUCCCAAGUUUCUAAAAAAAGAAUACCGCAGAAAGGUCCUGCUUGUGCAUCCUGAUAAAAAUAUGGGAAAUCCAUUGGCUUGUGAAUCAUUCAAAAAGCUGCAGUGUGCUUAUGAGGUUCUUUCGGAUUUAACUAAAAAGAAUAGUUAUGAUGAACAAUUGAGGAAGGAGGAAGCCAGGAGAGUGUCUCAGAAAUCUUGUGGUAUCUCUCAAAAGGGUGGAGGGGAGUUUAUAUCUGAAGAGUCGAGGCGCAUACAAUGCACAAAGUGUGGCAAUUUCCAUACGUGGAUAUGCACCUGUAGAAGUAAAGCCCGAGCACGGUGGUGCCAGGAUUGCUCCCAAUUUCAUCUAGCCAAGGAUGGAGACGGAUGGGUAGAAAAUAAUCGUUCGCCAUUCUUUUCGACUUCUCAGAAGGUCGAUAUACCACGAGCUUUUGUUUGUGCCGAGAGUAAAAUAUUUGAUGUGUCUGAAUGGGCCAUUUGCCAGGGAGUGGUGUGCAGGCCGAACACUCACCGGCCGAGCUUUAUGGUGAACAUGGUUGGCUUGGAUAACACUACAAACCGAGCCAACUCUUCUCGAUAUCCGUGGGGUUUGGAUGCCGAGAUGAUCGCCGAGGAGGACGAGUUCGAUCUGUGGCUGCAGCAGGCUUUAGCCUCCGGCUUAUUUUCCGAGACCCCGAAGCGGAGGAAAAGCUGGAGCCCCUUCAAAAUACACCAGAAGGGCAUUAAACAUUGGAGGAGAUCUCCAUAGCAGCUGCAAAACUGCAAGGAGUUGAUUAUAUUCGGAAACUGAGAAACAGAAGAAGGGCAAUGGGGCUGGUAAAAUGCAUGUAAAUAUACUAAAGGAAAAAAGGAAAAGAAGAUGGCAUUGUGCAGGCCUUGUGGAAUUAAUAGGAGUCAUGCAUCUCUCACCGAGAAUGGCCUGUGCUCUUUCGGCUUCCUUUUUGAUUUGACUUUAUCUAUCCCCUGAAGGCUUCUAAAUGUAAGAAUAGCUGAUGAAGCCCUUUAUUCUUUCAUUGGAAUAAAGGCAAAGUGACUUUGUAAAAGAUGAACAGUUAAUUGGCAAAUUAUUAACCGGGUACCACUGGUCUCCAAA